CCCCGGUGGCGCGCGCGCGAGGGAGGUGGCAUUGGGCAAGCGGCGGCAGCCUUACUUCAUUCCUGCCUGACAUCCAUAAAAUAUAGAGGUUUAUCAAGUUCUGAUUCAAAAUUGUCAAAAAAUGGCAUCCAAGAAGGAACUGACUAGCGAUGAGCGGUUUAGCCGUGUUACAAAGGAUCCUAGGUUUUGGGAAAUGCCAGAAAAAGACUGCAAAAUCAAGAUUGACAAAAGAUUUCGGGCUAUGUUUCAUGACAAGAAGUUUAAGUUGAAAUAUACUGUUGAUAAAAGAGGCCGCCCUAUUAACCACAGCUCUGCAGAGGAUAUGAAACGGUUCUAUAAUCUUUCAGAUUCAGACUCUGAUCUUUCAGGAGUUGACACCAAAGUAUUUGCUGGAAAGAAAAUGAAGAAGAAAAAAAAGUCAAAAUCAAAAGGAGGAAUAGACUCUGGGAAAUUGCUUGACAAACCUACUGAAGGGGAAAGCAAAAUAGUUAAUCAGGAAAUGGGCCACAAAUGUGGAGCUCCAUCAAAAUCUGAUGACUCCCAGAAUGGACAGAAAAGCAUCACGAGCACUGCCAGCUCAUGUAGCCCAAAGUUGAAAAAGGACCAUAAGAAAAUUAAUGUAGAAAUUGAUCCUACACAGGAUGAUAAAGGACUCAUAUGGAAAGGGAAAAACAAGCAAAUUGUGGUGAGCUCAGAUUCAUCUCUGAGCAAACAAGAGACUUCAAAAGCAAGUAGUACUAAAUCAGUCAAGGCUCCCAAAACAAAGUUUUCUUUAGAGGAAAAGAAAACUAAAUCAGAAUCUAAAGAUGACGGAGAAGCAGGCGAGGAAGAGGAGUCGGAAGAUGACGGAGAAGCAGGCGAGGAAGAGGAGUCGGAAGAUGAUGGAGAAGCAGGCGAGGAAGAGGAGUCGGAAGAUGAGGGAGAAGCAGGCGAGGAAGAGGAGUCGGAAGAUGAGGGAGAAACAGGAGAGGCAGAUAGUGAUGUUGAUUCAGAAGAAGAUGAAAGUGACAGUGGGCCUGAUCCGGCUAGGGGGAUAGGAAAUAUUGAAACCAGUUCUGAAAGUGAAGAGGAAGAUGAUAUGUCUGCAAUAUUUCCAAAGGUGCCAAAGAUUGAGCAUGCCUGGAGAGAACUGCAUAUGGAUGCUCCUCCUGCAGAUGAGAUAACAAGUAGAUUGGCAGUUUGCAACAUGGACUGGAAUAGGCUGAAGGCUAAAGACCUACUGGCUUUGUUUAAUUCUUUCAUACCCAAAGGGGGUGUUAUAUUUUCUGUAAAGAUUUAUCCUUCAGAGUUUGGAAAGCAGAGAUUGAAAAAGGAGGAGCUGCAAGGACCUGUAGAACUAUUAAGUCUUCCAGAGAACGGCACAGAGAAAAAUUGGAUUUGUAGGGAAAUAUUAAGGGAUUAUGAGUUCAAACGACUGAAAUACUUCUAUGCAGUGGUAGAAUGUGAUUCUCCUGAAACAGCCAAUACAAUUUAUGAGGCGUGUGAUGGACUGGAAUUUGAAAGUAGCUGUUCUUUUGUAGAUCUCAGAUUUGUUCCAGAUGAUGUUACAUUUGAUGAUGAGCCAAAGGACAUAGCCUCAGAAGUGGAUGGAGCUGCAUAUAAACCAAAGUACUUCAGAUCUGGUGCUAUGGGAACGUCAACGGUGGAUAUCACAUGGGAUGAGACAGAUCAUGAAAGAACAACUUUGCUACAGAGAAAUUUUAAAAAAGAUGAACUUCUUGACAUGGAUUUUCAAGCUUAUUUGGCUUCAUCUAGUGAAGAGGAGGAAGAGCAACAAGGUGGUGAUGUAGCCCAUGAAACAGAAGAUGACAAACCCAAGAAAAGCCAGAAGGAUGAUGAAGAACAAAUUGCCAGAUACAGAGAACUCUUGCAGAGUAUCCAAGAAAAAGAAAAGAAACGAGAAGAAAAUGAUAUAGAAAUGGAGAUUAAAUGGGUUCCAGGAUUGAAAGAAACUGCUGAAGAGAUGGUUAAAAACAAAUUGGAAGGAAAGGAUAAACUAACUCCAUGGGAACAAUUUUUAGAAAACAAGAAAGAGAAAAGAAAACUGAAAAAGAAAAGCAAGGCUACUGCCAAAGGAGAAUUGAAUGAAGAUGAAUUUCCAUCUGAUGUUGACUUGAAUAACCCAUACUUUGCUGAGGAACUUGGGAAAACAGGUUUAAAGAAAAUAUCAAAGAAAUUCAAGACAAAAGAAAGUGCCCCAGAAAAAGAAGCAGAGACAGAAAAGCACGAGGCUGAAAUGGCACUGCUUAUGAUGGAUGAUGAGGAUGACAGAAGACAUUUUAACUAUGAGAAGAUUGUAAAACAACAGAAUCUGAGCAAGACGAAAAAGAAACAACUAAUGAAAAAGAAGGAGUUGUUAGAAGAUGACUUUCAGGUGAACGUUGCUGAUACAAGGUUUCAAGCACUGUAUACUUCCCACUUGUUUAAUUUGGACCCUUGUGAUCCAAACUUCAAAAAGACAAAAGCAGUGGAAAAGUUUUUGGAGGAGAAAGCUCGCCAAAGAGAACAAAAGCAACAGAAUCUUGCAAAGCAGAUACAGGAGAAUGAGAUUGGAAAGAAGGAAAACAUCACUAAGAAAGCUGUAGAUCCUGCUUUAUCAAUGCUAAUAAAAUCUGUCAAAAAUAAAACAGAAGAAUUUCAAGCCAGAAAGAAACUGAAAAUAAAAUAAUGUCCAAUUGUUUGGCUUUCCUCAGUCCAGUCUGUACUCAUUACAAAAUGGCAAAAUUCGUAAGAACUUUAUGGAUGUUGAAUCCCAUAAACUGGGAAGAAUCAGUGCCAGUGUUGGGGCUUGGGGAUGAACUAUAGACAACGGCUUGCAAUACUAUCUUUUCCCCUCCCACAAAUACCUCCUCGGAAUAGUAUAUUUGUAAAAUAGUUCACAAACAGCAACAUGUUUAACAAAAUUAAUUUACCUAAGUUGUUGAUUUCAUAACACCAUUUCAGUUAAAACUAAUAGAAAUGUUAAAGAUGGCUGCAAAGAACUUCUUUCGUUGUAGUAAUGGACACUUUAUAAACGAGUGUGACUUCAGGUCCUGAUAUGAUUUUUAGAUUUUAAAAAAACUUUGGAAUUUCAUAAUGGUGUUUUUAAUACUCCAUGAGUCUGUAAAUACAAUGUUACUGAUGAAGAUAAUUUUAAUAUAACUGAAAGUGGAGAUGGGUUGGAUGAAUUUUGUUUCUUAGUCAUGAGCUAUGUGGAUAACUUGUGAAAUAAUGAAUAAAAAUAUAUUGUAGUUCA